AGUGUAUUUAAUACAUGAUAUAUUUUAAAGGUCUUGUUUUAUAUAACGUCACUGUUGCGCAGUGAGCGGUUGUAGGUCGGAAUUGUUGCGAUGCUGCUCAUCCCCGAUUCCCUCUAUACAACAUUUCGACUCGGUAUAAACUACAUAGCUGUCAACUGAGUCACUCUCUGUCGGUGGCUUCUAAUGAGUGCGAACUUUUGACGCUCAUUAACAGAAUACAUCAACUGCUGGCACAAACACUCGUCAUCCGCCAGAUUCAGUGUGUUUUAGACUGCCGACUACCACUGGAUCAGACUGGGCAAAUUCCGUCAUUGUUUACAUCAACUUACCUUGUAACUGAAGUUAUUUAGGUGAUAUAAGAGAAUGGUACUAGAACCAUCAAUCUAGGAUUCACCAUGGUAUUAUCAUACAACAUGACUGAGAAAUAAAACUUUUUUGUACAAUGUACUUGCGAUCGGAAACAUCAAAGAAUAACGUGAUCACUCAUUAGCCUAACUCAAUUUUCAAAACAAAAUUAUAACCAUGGCAACAGCAGACACAACCCAACCUCAAAAGCACAGUAGUAGACGCAGAAGUCGGAACCAGCCUUCAUCCCGUAUGGAAAAUGACUUUGUUCCUAAUAACAGUACAAGUUCAGAGACCCCUGGUGAAUCAUCUUCCCAUGGUCACCAUCAUCACCACAGACUGUCCCGCCAGUCCUCACGCCCAACCAAACAGUUGGACUUUUACCAGGCCAUGUCAGACUUUAAGGUUAUGUUCCCUAUGAUGGAAAAUGAUGUGAUAGAGGCAGUAUUGAGGGCCAAUGAUGGGGCAGUGGAUGCAACUAUUGACCAGCUGCUGACAAUGAGUAUUGACAAUGAUGGUAGCGAGUCUCCGGUCACAGUGCCGUCUGACCUCAUUUCUCCUUUGUCUGAUGAUUGCCCCGAGUACAAUGAAGAGAGGACAGAGGAUUCACCACCCUCCUACACAGAAGCUGUUCAUUCACAGGCUUCUAGUAGUAUCUGGACCACGCCUAUUUCUAGUCAGGCCCAAGACCACUCUACUUCCUCUACAAUUAAGAACAAAUCACCUUCAGGCUCCCUCAAAAAGGAACACAGUGGCAGCAAGCGGUCACCAUCUUCGUCUCUGGGAUCAAGGUACAGAGGUCGGGACCUCCUAGACGGGGAUGUGGACGAAUUGUCUCUGUCUAAUACAGAGCCAAAGCGCCCUCUACCUAACACAGACAUAAUUCAGAGUAGACUUCCAAAGAGAAACUUUCGUAACUGGAACCCACCAAUGUUGGGUACUUUACCAGAGGACUUCUUAAGAUUGACCUUUACCCCCCAGCCCCCCUCCUCUCUUACUCUCUCUACACCACCCAUGCUAAGUAGUCCUGUGCACCAGUCACUUGAUGAUAUGGCAUCGUCACAUGACGUCACACCUAAAUCACAGAGUUCACGUCACAGACAUUCAAAGUCAAGUCGCAGUCAUGGAGAACGCAAGAGGAUGUCACGCAGUCUGAGUGAGAAGACGAGUGAAAAGUCAUGGUUGACAUCGCAAAACAACAAAGAUACUUCACCUUUAAUGCAUCAGAGUUCAUUUAGUGCUAGAGGCAGUAAUCCUGGAUCAAAGACAUUGAUGAUUUCCUCCCUGGAGUUCAGCCAGGAUAUGUUAGAUGAGAAGAUGAAGGAGAAUGAGAGACGGAGGAAGCGAGCAGUGAUGAAUGCAGACCCAGAAAUGUCACAGUAUUUGGAGGACGAGAGGCUUGCUAUCAUGUUACAGAAUAGUGAGUUCCUGGAAGAGCUCAGGAGCAAUGAGGACUUCAUGAAAACACUGGAAAGGGAUCGUAUGAACCUGUCAGCCUUUGAACCUAUCCCAGAGCCUCCCCAGCAACUCCCUCCACUAGAACAUGAAGGCUACGGGGAGGACAGCACAGAUCAUAUGGAUGCAUUUCCCUUCAGUCAGCCUAUACCAAAAGAGAAAGACGACGACGCAGAACUGAGGCGCCAACUCAAAAACAUGGGAGGAGCAUCAAGAAAGCAGUUUGUUGCAUUAGCAAAGAAGUUUUUCUCCAGAAAGAAGAAAAAGAUGACACUAAAACAAAUACAGAAGGAGAAACUGGCCCCUUCGAUGGUGAACUUACUGGACAGUGACGAGGAAGACUACAAUGCUCACGACCAUAUGAACCAUCCCUACAAUCAGCGUACAGACAUAGAACCUUUGCCAAGCAGUAUUACAGCAGUGCCAAGCUACAAGACGGUACAGCGGCCACCGUAUCACCCAGAUACCGUCACCUCCUACCAUGACAACCAUGCUUCAGAUAUGGUGUAGUUGUCAUAGUAACAAAACUUAGGGCAACCACUAGUGAUACUCAUACCUGAUAUGUUCUAUGUACAUAACUGAUAUCAAACUGAUUUAAUUAGUCAUGAAGACAAAUCUCUCAUUUGUGUUUUACCAAAGAGGAUAUAAACAGUACCUGAUACCUCCCCCAACCUUUAUAUUCACAGUUGACUUCCGGUCAUCGUUCUGGACCAAGCCGUAUUGGUGAACAGGGAGGGAACAGUUAGGUUUUUAUUUUCAACUUUAAUUUGUUUUAAAUGUCCAAAGGUUGCAAGGGUACAACAGCUUUCUGAUGUGGAGGGAUUUUUUUUCUAAUUUUAUUUUGAUCAUUUUAAAUUAACCCUUUCACCACUGUAGACCAUGAUAGACUCAUCCAGAUCA